UUGUUUGUCAGAUCUCAGUCUUUUGUGUUAUGUUGUGAACGUCGGGCAUUUGAACUGUUUUAAUAGUGUAAUCUAAUAAAAAACUGAACAAAAUUAAAAGAAAUGUCUAACGAAAACACGCUAGACUUACAUUACGUUCAUCAGUCGUUCCAAAGGAGCCUCAAAGAAGAGGAUGAUGUUGUAAUAGAGGCUUACAUAGAUGGCUAUAAUGAGCUGGUCAAGUUCUUAAAUCUUAUCGGAUCAGUAUUUUCAUUCGUAAGUAGUGAUGUUAAGAGUAAAAUAAAGGUGAUGGAAAAACACAAGGAAGGAGAAAAUGCAAUUUAUUACGAAUCCUUUAAGAAGAUGAUGAAGUAUGAGAAAGAGACUUGUUUGCACGAGAAGAGUGGCUUCGUAUCUGGCUCUAGAACUAUGCUCAGAUUACAUAGAGGUUUAGAUUUUAUUAGACUAUUUCUAAAGAGAUUAAGCGAGGCGGAUGAGACAAUGAACACUUGCACAACCUGUCAGGGCUCGUACAACGAAACACUGGCCGAGUUCCACCCGUGGUACAUUCGGAAAGCCGCCACCUUGGCCAUGCACGCGUUGCCGACAAGACCAGACUUAUUGAAAAAGAUCUUUGGCACUGACGAGAAGUUAUCAGCGGCGUUGAUAGUGCUCCCCCAAGCCCUGACUUCAUGCGACGAGGUUUACAACAGGGUACAACAGUUGUACACGGAGUUUGAAUUCCAUGAGCUACCUUAGUAAGGUACAGUUUUGAAUAUCGUCAGUAAGAUGUCAACAGUUACUCGUGAUGAUGGAACUAAAACCCCUGGAUAUGAAAAGUCUUUAAAUCUCUUUCAAAUUAGGCCAAUUGAUACUGUCGCGACUUGAUCGAUCGCGAAUCACAGUGAAUAAACGACGCGCUCAACCAAUAGCAGCGAAGAGUCUUUGACGCCAUCUCAAACGUCACACGUCACCAAGCCUAUCACAGCGCGUGUGCUACAUCGCGCAAACAAAGAUUUCACGGAUUGGAGCAAAAAUACAAACUCCGACUCAACAUCGUCUGUCGUGCGGUUCCUAUAACAACAGUGGUGACCCCGUCAUGAUUAGACGCAACCUUCUUCAUCAUAAACUCAAAUCCUCUCCAUCAUUA